GCGGGCGGCGCCGGGAGGCAGCUGACAGGCGUCUGCGGCUUCGCUUCAUGGCCGCCCUCCCGCCCCGCUUGGGCUCUGUGGGGAGUGGGGGAUCCCGCGGCGGCCCGGAGCCAGAGCUGGCGAGCCGAGCGGGGACCUGUGCGCGGCGCCGCUGAGGCGCAGCAUGUGAAGAGGAGACGGCUUCCAGUGCGAGGCGAGCCUCUCAGCCGGCCGGGAUGGCUACGACGGCCGAGCUCUUCGAGGAGCCUUUUGUGGCAGAUGAGUAUAUUGAACGACUUGUGUGGAGAACCCCAGGAGGAGGCUCUAGAGGGGGUCCUGAAGCUUUUGAUCCCAAAAGGUUAUUAGAAGAAUUUGUAAAUCAUAUUCAGGAACUACAGAUAAUGGAUGAAAGGAUUCAAAGGAAAGUAGAGAAACUAGAGCAACAGUGUCAGAAAGAAGCCAAGGAAUUUGCCAAGAAGGUGCAAGAGCUCCAGAAAAGCAAUCAGGUUGCCUUCCAACAUUUCCAAGAACUAGAUGAGCACAUCAGCUAUGUAGCAACCAAGGUCUGUCACCUUGGAGACCAGUUGGAAGGGGUAAACACACCUAGACAACGGGCAGUAGAGGCUCAGAAAUUGAUGAAAUACUUUAAUGAGUUUCUAGAUGGAGAAUUGAAAUCUGACGUUUUUACAAAUUCUGAAAAGAUAAAGGAAGCAGCAGACAUCAUUCAGAAGUUGCACCUAAUUGCCCAGGAGUUACCUUUUGACAGGUUUUCAGAAGUAAAAUCCAAAAUUGCAAGUAAAUAUCAUGAUUUAGAAUGCCAACUGAUUCAGGAGUUUACUAGUGCUCAAAGAAGAGGUGAAAUCUCCAGAAUGAGAGAAGUAGCAGCAGUUUUGCUUCAUUUUAAGGGUUAUUCCCAUUGUGUUGAUGUUUAUAUAAAGCAGUGCCAGGAGGGUGCUUACUUGAGAAAUGAUAUAUUUGAAGAUGCAGCGAUACUCUGCCAACGAGUGAACAAACAAGUUGGAGAUAUCUUUAGCAAUCCAGAAACAGUACUGGCUAAACUUAUUCAAAAUGUAUUUGAAGUCAAACUACAGAGUUUUGUGAAAGACCAGUUAGAAGAAUGUAGGAAGUCUGAUGCAGAGCAGUAUCUCAAAAAUCUCUAUGAUUUGUAUACAAGAACCACAAACCUUUCCAGCAAGUUGAUGGAGUUUAACUUAGGUACUGAUAAACAGACUUUCUUGUCGAAGCUUAUCAAAUCCAUUUUCAUUUCCUAUUUGGAGAACUAUAUUGAGGUGGAGACUGGAUAUUUGAAAAGCAGAAGUGCUAUGAUCCUACAGCGCUAUUAUGACUCAAAAAACCAUCAAAAGAGAUCCAUUGGCACGGGAGGUAUUCAGGAUUUGAAAGAGAGAAUUAGACAACGUACCAACUUACCAUUGGGGCCAAGUAUCGAUACUCAUGGGGAAACUUUCCUAUCUCAAGAAGUGGUGGUUAAUCUUUUACAAGAAACCAAACAAGCCUUUGAAAGAUGUCAUAGGCUCUCUGAUCCUUCUGAUUUACCAAGGAAUGCCUUUAGAAUUUUUACCAUUCUUGUGGAAUUUUUAUGUAUUGAGCAUAUUGAUUAUGCUUUGGAAACAGGACUUGCUGGAAUUCCUUCUUCAGAUUCUAGGAAUGCAAAUCUCUAUUUUUUGGAUGUUGUGCAACAGGCCAAUACUAUUUUUCAUCUUUUUGACAAGCAGUUUAAUGAUCACCUUAUGCCACUAAUAAGCUCUUCUCCUAAGUUAUCUGAAUGCCUUCAGAAGAAAAAAGAAAUAAUUGAACAAAUGGAGAUGAAAUUGGAUACUGGCAUUGAUAGGACCUUAAAUUGUAUGAUUGGACAGAUGAAGCAUAUCUUGGCUGCAGAACAAAAGAAAACAGAUUUUAAGCCAGAGGAUGAAAACAAUGUUUUGAUUCAGUAUACUAACGCCUGUGUUAAAGUCUGUGCUUAUGUAAGAAAGCAAGUGGAAAAGAUUAAAAAUUCCAUGGAUGGGAAGAAUGUGGAUACAGUUUUGAUGGAACUUGGAGUACGUUUUCAUCGACUUAUUUAUGAGCAUCUUCAACAAUAUUCCUACAGUUGUAUGGGUGGCAUGUUAGCAAUUUGUGAUGUAGCUGAAUAUAGGAAGUGUGCCAAAGACUUCAAGAUUCCACUGGUAUUACAGCUCUUUGAUACUCUGCAUGCACUUUGCAAUCUUCUGGUAGUUGCCCCAGAUAAUUUAAAGCAAGUCUGCUCAGGAGAACAACUUGCUAAUCUGGACAAGAACAUUCUUCACUCCUUUGUACAACUUCGUGCUGACUAUAGAUCUGCCCGCCUUGCUCGACAUUUCAGCUGAGGUUGAAUUUACAAGGGAAACAUGUUGUACUUCAGCAGGCCUUGGUUGAUGGAAAGCACAGGAGAUUUCUUAAUGACACAGCCAACAUUUUAUGGAAAAAUGACUGUUUGGAGAAACAGCAGCCAUACUUACCCUUGAGAUUUUAUUUGAAAUUUGGACACUACUAGCCAUAUUUUGCUUUUUCCCCUUAAGUUGAAUUUUAAUUCCAUUCUUGAACUUAUAAAUUUCAAAUUCUAAAUUUCAAAUUCUGUGAACCUACAUGUCACUGUUUUCAUCCUGGAAAAUGUUGGUGUCAGAAGACAAAUGAGAUGUUAUCAGUGUUCCAGUUGAUAUUCUUUAACAUAUUCUAUUGGAAAAUUUCACCAUCCUAUUUUGCAUUAAUGGUAAAAUAGAGCAAAACUGCAUUUAUUAUUUACCAAUUUUUAAUGACCUUUUCAGCACUUGAUAAUUGUUAGACAAGUUAUUUUAGGUUUUCCUAGAGAACUUUUGCCUCUUUCAAAAGGUUAAUAAUUGAGCAUAAUUUCUGUAGUUGGUUAAUUGGCUUUUUUCCUGAGGUACAACAAUAAUAUUCCAAGAAAAAUGUUACAAACUAAACUAAAAUGAUGAAAUGUUUUAUGUAGAUAUUAGGAGUGGAUCAGAAUACAUCUGCUUUCUGGGUAAAAAAACUUAAAGUUUACUAUUUCUUAUUUCGUAAACAGAUUUUAAGCCAAUGCUAGCAAGAAAUUAGUAAGUCUACCUUAUUUUAUAUUUCACUUAAGAUAAGGUGGAGGACCUUAACUAAAGGACCACAUUUAUUCAUUAUUUUAAUAUUACAAGGGAAGUAAAAUGAGGUUUAGUCUAAAUGGUGAAUAUGAGAAAUAUUGACAGUGUUUAGCAACAAUGCAGUCCUUUAAGAUUUCUUUCUUAAUGCUAAACUGGAAUAAGAUGGGAUGGCUAAACAUAAGUAAUACAUUUUAAGGGGAAUCAGGAAUUGAUAGAUAGCAUUAUAUAUUCUAAGUCUGGAGAUGAGCUUUGUAAAAACUGGUUGCUUUUCAAAUCUAUAGUUUCUGUCAUCUUUUUCAAGGCAUUUCUGAAGCAGUUCUUACUGAUUGGAGUUAAUUGAAUUGGCUUAAUAUGGUGACAUAAUAAAUCACUUAUAAAAUUUUAAACAUCAAGUGGAAAUUUAGAAAGGCUAUUACUCUACAAUUUCUAUAAACUUGCUCUGCAAGAAUUCAUUCUUAUCUAUAUGUAAUGUUUCAACUUCCUUUGUGGUGUUCAUAAUCUUCUAGGAACAGAUAAAGUUUAAUGUUCAGCUCAUUCUUGGCAUUUUUUUUCCUUUAAUGUAGCCUUGUAGCCUUUUUGGCCUAAUUUUGGCAAACUACUUUUCUUUUAAGACUAUGUUUCUGAAUGGUCAUCAAUUUUACCAAAAUUUCCACGUCCAAUGCUAGCUACUGUUUAAAUUACUAUUGACAGAAUAUUCUUCAUUUUCUGUUUAGCCCAGUGUUAUCAAGGUAAGGAAGAGAAACGAAGUAUGCCCACUUUUAUCAAAGCAUUUUAGUAAAUCGUGGCAGUUUUAGAAGGCUGUCUAGUUUUCUAUUCCUUAGCCAAGGGAAGCCAGAACAGAUUUUGGAUACUAGAGAAAGUCAUAUGCUUGUACUAUUGCCAUUUUAGAAAGCUCUGAUGUGAAUUCAAAUUAUACCUCUGUUACUGAAAGCCAACAGUUUUAAAGCAGUAGUUUUACUGGCCAUUUGAACUCUUUGUACACAGUGUCAAUUUGUAAAAAAAAAAAAAAAAAAAAAAGAAAAGAAAAAGAAAAAAAUCUUAAAUAAAACAUGAGAGAACAUUUUAAGACUUCCAAAUCAGAGAAGUGCUUCAAAUUAUUUUGUUUGGACUAAUUUUUAAAAUGUAAAGCAUAUACAUGUUGCUUAGAUAUUUUGUUAAUUAUUAUUUCCAUGCUUGAGUUUUGUGCAAUAUUUUCCAUUAUGUCCAUUGACCAAGGCAGUGACAAAGAAAACUCUUAAGUGAAUACUUAACUUAGAAGUGUUAAUAUUAAUGUUUAAUAAACAAAUUCCCUGCAAUUGUUUUUUUAUUUCACUCCAUUUUUACAUCUUUAGGAUAUGUGUACUUAAUUUUAAAAAUUAUUUCUAUUUAAGUUUUCAAGAUGUUCUUUAUUUUUUAUAGCAUAGGUCUUCUCACUUCCUUUUUUUUGGAGAAAGAUAUAACUAAGAUUAGAAAUUUAACCUAAACUGAUUAUCUUACUCUAAGAAAAAAAAAAUUGUUGUAUAAACCCCUAUGCAUUACUUGCAUUCUUUGUAUUCCAGUUUUUAAAAUAUUUUGUAUAUUUGUGGCCACUAUAAAAUUUUGUCCACAAUUUAUGACUCAAAAGAGAUGAUCAAUAAGUAAGGUGUUUUUCAUGUGCACAUGGUAAAAUUUUAGGUAGCAAUAGUGGAACUUUUUUUUUUUUAAAGAUUUUAUUUAUUUAUUUUACAGAGAGAGACACAGUGAGAGAGGGAACACAGGCAGGGGGAGUGGGAGAGGGAGAAGCAGACUUCCCGCCGAGCAGGAAGUCCGAUGCGGGGCUCGAUCCCAGGACCCCGGGAUCAUGACCUGAGCCGAAGGCAGAGGCUUAACGACUGAGCCACCCAGGCGCCCCGCAAUAAUGCAACUUUGUAUAUUAGUAACUUUAGCCAACAUUGAAUAAGGAGAAUCUUACAGUUUUCUGCAGUUCCACAUGAGCUAACAGGCAAUAUUUAGGUAAUGUUUUGAAGUUGAAAAUAGGCUCCAAAACCCUGCAAAUUAUUUUUCUUCAACUUGAGUAUAUUAUGUUUGCAUAAAAUGGUACAGAAAGUGAAAUACAGAACACAAGUUUAAGAAGGAAGUCUAGCAUAUGUAAGUUAUGAUAUUGAAAAUGACAGUCAACCAGAGUAGAUAAAUAGUCCUUAUGAAGAAUUAUUAAAUAACGCUUGGAUGGAUCUUUAGAUAUAGUUGACUAUCUGCCUAUUUCAAGACAAGUAUUUAGCCUCAUUUUGAGCAUCACCAUGGUUGCAAGUCCCUAGCACCUUCCCAUUUUAAAAAAGGGCUGCUAAGUAUGUUAACUUAUAUAUUUAAAUGAUUUUCUUUCCUCUUUCACUUUAAAUAUUUCACUAUCUGAAUAGCAGCCUUCUGACUUAACGGUGAAAUAACUGAAUUACCAGAUUGACUCAAAGUGGAGAAUUUACUGCUUCCCUAAAAUGCCUUUAUUUCAUCUAUGAUGGUGAAUAUUUACAAGUACCCAGAUAAAGAGAUUUGGUUCCUGAAAUGCCACAAAACCUUUUAAGGUGGUCAUGUUUAUAAGGUAGUGGCUAAGGCAUGCUUGAACAACUGUUUUAUGAGAAUAAGCAAAGUUCACUCAGUGCAUACUUUGUCGUAGACUUAAAAAACUCACCUCUGGGAAUUUAAUUUUUUUUAAUAUGAAAUUAUGCUGCAUAUUACCCAUAUAUUACUCUGACUCAGAAGUGUAGUUUCCUAGAAGUGUACUGAAUAUUUCCGAUUUCUUUUGGAAAAUUUGAUAUCAAAAGCACUUUAUGCUUUUAUACGAUUAGUUUAACUAUAUUCAAUUCCUUUAGUACUUCUCUCUGCUUGAGAAACUCGGUUCUAAAAUACAUUGUGUACUUUGGAGGAAAAGACCAGUCCAUGUUGUUAGAGUAAAUAAUUCUACCUAAAGUAAAAACAGCAAUUUUUAAAUUUUGAUGCAUAAUAAAAAUAAUUAUAGCUACAUUUAUCUACUCAAGUCCCAUGCACUAUGCUAAUCAUUUGAUUUGUAUACAUGAUCUCAUUAGAUUCCAAAGCAGCCUUAGGAGUUGGGUACUGUUACCUUCAUUUGACAGAUGAAACAUCUAAGCCACAAAAACGUUAAGUAGACCUACUCAAGGUCUAUAGCUAAUAAAAGGCUCAGAUUGAAACUUAAGUCUUUCUCACUCACUGUUUAUGUUCUGUACAGUCUCCUUGUUGAACGUUUAAAUAGGUCCUUUGUUUUGAUAGGCUCAUUAGUUUUUGCUUAAUCUAAUUCUCUUCUCAUCCAAUGUUUGGUUCUCACUGUAAUGUUUAGACUAUGAAGUUGAUACACAGGAUCAGUAUCUAAUUUACUGUUGGAUUUUUUAAUGUGCCCAGUGUAUAAUCAUACUUUUUAAAUUUGGUUUUUAAAAUUUUAUAAGUGGUCAUGAAAUUUUAAUUUAAUAUUGUUUGUAUUUAAUAGAAAUCAUUCUAUCAAAAAGUUCUCUUUAGUGAGUAUUAUUUUACAUAAUUAUAGUACUAUGCUUAAUAAUUUUGUAUCAUUUUAUAACAGAAGUAAAUGACAACUCUAGCUUGGAAAAUACGAGGAAGUCAGUAUUUCUGCCUUCAAAAACAGACUAUUUUAAUGUCAUAAGUUUGCCAAUUCUGUUAAUUAUUUAAUGCAUUUGGUAGUUUUUAAUGACUAAUGUUGGAGUGAAAAUAUAGGGAAAACGUACUCAGUGUAUUAGCAAUAGAUAGCCAUUUUCAUGUAAUCAAAAAUUGCAUGUUUAAUCUUCUAAAAAUUGCCUUAACUCUUUUAUUCUUACCACUGAUCAGUCCUUUCUCUUUCUAAAUUUAGGGGAGAAACAACUCCUCAAGUGUAUAUGGGAGAGAAACCUGACACAGUAGAGUGUAAGAAUUUUAAUUGAUGGUUUGGAGCAGUUAGGCUGAUAACCCUGGGCUUAACAAGAUUGAUAUUUUUUAAAACUUGGCCCUGUGUACAUCAACAGUAUUAUUUGGGUGGUAACAGUAAACUUCAGUUCUUGUGAUAAAUAUCACUUUUAGGGGGAGGGAAAAGUAAUUAACCAUACUUGUUCAUUUUCUAAGUGUUUUAGAUGGUUGCAGUCUGCCUCACCGUACAAAGCCAAUUUAAAUAUGAAUAUAGCACAUCAUACUCCAAACAGCAAACAACCUCAGAGGAAAGUCAUUUAUUCAGAAGGCAUAGAUUUGUGCUAGACAGCAAUGAUGCAUUACAAAUAUAUAAUUAUUUGCACUAAUAUUUGAGCAGGUGGAAUGGAUUAGAACAUAGUCAACAUUAUGCUGCUGAUAACAUGUAUUUUUCAAUAUUAAUAUGUACUGUGCAACAUGUAUUAAAAUUGUCAAUAAUGCAUUUUAGCCAAGAUACUAAUAUUUAUAUUACUAUGUUGAAGAAACAGUAUCCAACUGAGCCACUUUUAAUUUAAAAGUCUGAAACUGGAAUUAAGUUUACUUUGAAAAACCACUUAAAUUACUUUAUAAUCAUGGGAAGGUCAGUAAAACAUAGAAUUAUCAGUGACUGGUGACUUAAUAGGAAGAAGUGUGGAGGGUUAAGAAUAGGGCUAGGAAUCUGCAGUGAAUAAGUUAACUUUCAUUUAGUUACAGCUCAGAUGAGUGACUUCCUUUUAUUUUCACUAUUAGCAAUCUUAAAUGAAGGAAAAUGUCUUAUCCCUUCCAGAGUAUCUUCGUACUAAUACUCUAAGUCUGAAGAUUGAAUGGAACCAACUCCAAGGAAUUAAUCUCCAGUGGUGGACUUUCAAAUUUUUUAGAUUAAACUUGGAAAGGUAGGAAGCCUUCUUGAUGCCCCUGUAAUCUUAAAUAAGCAGGUACCUUUAAGUGAGACCAUCACUUUUUACCUGCCUAUCAUUUUAAUCUUUUAUACUGUGGGUAGAUUUGGUUCCUUUGAACUCUGGUAUUUUGUUGUGGCAGUUCUUUCAAAUCUGCAGCUUUUUGCUAUAGAGAAUAUUGUCUAAAUGGAAUCUGGACAGUGCUGACCUAAAGAGAACUGUGAAACUACCUCUAAGUAUAUUGUUUGCAAAUGCUGUGUGCUAUUUAGAGGAUUCACAUGAAAUUAUGUGAAAAUACUUUAUAAGGAGUAAUACUAAGUGCCUCUGUAUUAGGAGUCUCCAGUAAAAUGUACUUUCCUUUUUUGCCACAAGGGGGAGAAGUUAUUUUUAUAAUAAUACCUACAUUUUUGUUUGAUUUUAAAAAUAGAACUCACAUAGUUUCUCUCUACUGAAUAGCACCUAUGAACAUAUCACUGUCCUAAUAGGAAGAAUGUGUGUUUGUGUGUGUGUAUGUGUGUUUAAAUAAGAUUGUGAAAGUCAUGUGAAAAAUUUCUGGGUCAGUUAAUGACAUAAAACUAAGACAGUUUUGAAGAACUUGUAUGUUCACAGUGGACACAGGAAUUGGACAAAGUUCAUCAUCAUUAAAAUUAUGUUUUUGGAGUUAUAUAUCUCAUUGAAUUACUUUAUCAGCUCUUUAAGAAUAAUCUCUUGAUUAGUUUUCUGCAUUCUGCUUUUUAAAGAAAAAAUUUUGAAACAAUUUCAAACUUAAAGAAAGGUUGUAAAUACUGUACAAAUAAAAUUUUUCCGCUUUGA